UCUAGUCUCUGCUCUUUUUGCUUGUCCUAGUACCUACCUAUUUCGUAGGUAUUUUCCUUUUUAAAGCUAACGCAAGAUGAUGUAAAUUAGUUUCAAACAAAACUAAAGCUCUAAAGAGUAUUUGUGAUCACAUAAUCCAUAACUAAACACAAGCCAUAGAAUAGUUAAUGUUUUGUGAAUUAUAAUAACAUUAAAACAUGGAUGAAUAUUCGAGGGAACCCUGCCCUUGGCGUAUUUUGGAUGAUUCCGGGGGCGCUUUCUUGAUGGGCGCCAUUGGUGGAGGUAUCUUUCAUUCAAUAAAGGGAUUCAGAAAUGCCCCCGUUGGUUUUAGCAGAAAAAUGCUUGGCAGUUUGGCAUCCAUGAAGGAAAGAUCACCCAUAACAGCUGGGAGCUUUGCAGUGUGGGGAGGAAUGUUCUCAACCAUUGACUGUUCUCUGGUAUACUUACGACAGAAAGAAGAUCCUUGGAACUCCAUUAUGAGUGGGGCACUUACUGGAGGCAUCCUGGCAGCAAGAAAUGGUGUACCAGCUAUGGCAGGCAGUGCUCUUGUUGGAGGGAUAUUGCUGGCCCUGAUUGAGGGUAUUGGCAUAAUGUUGACAAGAAUAUCAUCUGAGCAGUUCAAACCCCAGCAGCCAAUAUUUGAAGAUCCCUCUGUUUUAGGUCAAAGUCAAGGCCAAGGACCAAGUUUCCAGUAGAUUACUAAUAUACUUUUUAAUAAUAUUGUACAGUUAAAAGUAAAAUAACAUCUCAUCUCAAGAAUGUAUUGAAUUUAAAUACUUCUUAAGUUCAUAAUAGAUAAAUAUUAUCUAUCCUGAGCAUAGUUAAACAAUUUAUUUUAACAUACUUUUAUUAUUUUGCUGAUCAAUAUAGUUUUAAAAUUAUUUUGUAUCUGAAUCCAGCAUGUACAUUAUGUGGAAGCAUAUUAUCUCAUUCAAGAGUACAAUAACAAGGUAGGUUUAUAAACAAGAAUAGGUAUGCUGUUUUAUGCCACAACCCCUUAUUAAUAACAAUAACAAAAGAGGGUUAUAAUGUUAGAAAAAUAUUUUUGCAAACAUUUAAGCAAUUAUGAGUAUCAUAAAAUUAAAUGGUUAUUUUAUAAAAUAAAAUUUUCUGUGUCAUUUAGUUUGUAGAAAAGAGUGUUGAGUGUUUUGCUCUUUUUGAAUAAAGUGCUGCACUUGAAGUUAAAUGCAUUUGACUAAGUUAUUUAUGUUAUGCUAUAACUGUACAAUCUUAUUGCAGGUAAUUUUUGCCAGUAGGCAAAAAAUAUUGUAAUUUGCUUACAAAUUAUUUUAAAACAAAAUUAUCACCCAACUAAGAGUGAAUUAUUUGCAUCUGUGAUAUUUUCAGUUCCAUGCUGAUUGCAUAUAAUUUCACUGGACAAUAUUAUAUUGUGAAUUUAGUUAUGUUUAAAUACAAAACAAUUGUAUAUUAUUUUUGAAAUGCAUCGUAAUUUGUGCUAGUAAAGUUGCAAUACAGCUUAUUUAUUUGUUACCCAUAUGGUUGUUUUGUACUGUGUAAAUUGAAAAUUUUAUAAGCAA